AUGGGGUGCAAAUCAUGUGAGACUCCUAAACCCAAAUACAAGAAAGGUUUGUGGUCUCCUGAUGAAGAUCAGAGGCUGAGGGACUAUGUCCUUAGGUUUGGCCAUGGCUGUUGGAGCUCGGUUCCCAUUAGAGCUGGUUUGCAAAGGAAUGGGAAGAGUUGUAGGCUCCGAUGGAUCAACUAUUUGAGGCCUGGCCUAAAGAGGGGACUUUUUACACCACAAGAGCACGAAACUAUCCUCAGGCUUCAUGCUACUCUGGGAAAUAAAUGGUCUCAGAUUGCCACCCACUUGCCCGGCCGGACAGAUAAUGAGAUCAAGAACUAUUGGAACACCUACUUAAAGAAGAAAGUAUUGAAGCUUGAUGAUGAUCAUCUCAACUCCAACAAAGAAUCCAAGGACUUUGGUGUGCCUGAUUCUCAUGCAAUCGAAGAAGAACCGAACUUUCAGAUCCCAAAAUCAGGGUCUCGAACAACUCUUGACAAUCUUGGAGAUACAGACCAAUCGUCGUCGUCUUGUUCAGGAUUACACACCUCUCAAGAAAUGUACUCGGCCGCAUCGCUGGAGGACAAAGCCGGCUUUUGUUCUGCUAAUUCAGUGAAGGGUUUUCCAGUGCCACCCAAGCUUCUGUUCAGUUCCUGGCUACAAAGUAACAACCUUUCCCAAGAGCCAAGGGCUAUAGGAGACACAGCCUUAUUUGGGGACUUGAAUAAUUUUAGUUCUUGUGAGGGCAUUUUCGAUAAUUUUGUUGAAGGGCAAGGGUCAGCUUGGGAUAGCGAGUAUAGCUUUGGUGGGGAGACACAAAAUGGGGCCUUUUGGAUGCCAUGUGAGAUAGAGACUGCCAAUUCCACUACCGGCAUUUGUGACAAUCUGUUGCCCAAGGACAUCCCUGAUAAUUUCCUUUUUGUUCAUGAUCUAAUUUAG